AAGCUUGAUCACAAUAGCUAGCCACUAGUAAUAGAUUAACUUAAUCUUUAAAUAUUUUACUAUUGGGAGCUUCUGUUUAGGUAGCUAUGCCUCGCCCAGUGACACGCUACAACAUUGGCCCUUUUCCAAUACCAAAGCGUACAAAUGUGGGAAGUCAAUAUCUUCAAACACAAAAGCAUUAUGCUCGCCGGGUGUGGUACCGAAGGCAAUACUUUUCCUCAAUGCCUUUCGCUAUUUCAAAGCACAUGGGUAGUACCCCUCGCAUACUUCUAGAUCGAACAUUAUGGAAAUCUUUAUGGUUUACCAAGGCCAAUAUUCCAGAUAUGAAUCGCUGGGAACGUGUAGUAAAUAGUCAACGUGUAACAGAGGAUCGUUGGGCUCUCGUAGAGGAAGGAGGCAUUAUGUACCAAGUGAACUGGAAGUUGUAUUGUGAGCGACUUGAAACAGAACUGCAGAAUGCACAGGAUCAACUUCCUCAGUAUCGUUUUGCCAUGCGUGCGGUACCAUCCGCGUGGAAAAAGCUGGAUAUUGACAUCAGCGUUCUUCGUGGGCUUUCCGUGAGAGAAGCUAUGGCUCAGUGCAAGCUUUCAGUACGAAAGGGGCAUAUGGCUGUGUUUCGCGCCUUAGAGCUUGCACAGCAGGGAGCUGAAUCUAAAGGAUUAGUUAAAGAGCGACUUCGUAUUGCAAGCAUAACAUGCGUACCUGGCCCAACCGAUAAGCAAAUGGAUAUUCGUAGUCGUGGGUACUACUCAUGGAAAACCAAGAAGUCAUCUCACUUGUUUUUAACGAUUACCGAAGAUCCUGAAAUGGUUUUGCCAGAUCGCUCAGCAAUUCCAUAUGCAUCUUUGAUGUCAAUGAAGCGGGCAGGGAUGAUGGAGGAGCCCACCGUUCUGGAUGUACCCGCGAUUACGGCUGAGGGCAUUUAGUAGGUAUUUUGACCUAAACGAAUUUGGAUGGGACCGGUUUGAUGUCCACAAGAGGGUGUUUGAUUAUAAGAAUGUUACAAUUUUUUAUAUUCUUUUUUUUUCAAACUAUCCAUCUCAACAUGUGCAUUUGUUAAUAGUGUUAUUUAUUAUUAUUCUUUAAGGAAUUUUAUCUCCUAAAUUUUUGUAUGUGCUGAUUAAUGGAGAUCUACAUAAUCUCACAAUAUAACGUAUCGAAGGGAAUUUACGAGAGCAAUGAUAAUUCUACGUAUUCUGGAUAAAGUUCUAUUCUUAUGUUCCUUACUAUAGGCAUCAUACCAAAAUCAAACUUGUGAAGGGAAGAGAUUGCCUGCACUUUAGGUUUCCUUCAUAGUAAGAGGGACAAACUCUGACACAACGAUAGGAAAGGCAACUUUUCUGGAGCCGUUAUCUUUAUUAAUGGGGGAAUAGGUAUGAUAUAAUCAGUAGAUCCA